GCCUUGUCCUUCAAGAUGGUGACUGCACGGUUCCGCUCAGGGGCUUCCAUCUUUGCUCUGCUGAUUGUGGACAUUUGCUGCUUUCCUUAUAAGAAAGGCUCUAAUCCCGACGCUUCCUAUGGCAGCAGUUACCCAGACGCUGCUCCUGUUUUGGGCUCGUACCAGGGAGCUCCUUCUGGCCCGUUUUCACCUGCAGUUGUUAUGCCUAACAAAACUCCUUCUAAAGGCAUCCCACUAUCUUAUCAGGCUGAACCACAGCCGGGGCCCAGUGCCCCUCAGCCUAUUGCUCAAAGAGUACCGGUACCAUCUGUUGCCUCCAUUUCUUCUGGACCUGUGUUCUCAGGAUACGGAGACACUUCAGUGAGGAAAAGCCCUGCCGGCUCUGUACAACCAGGAGCUGCUUUUCAACCUGGUCCUCAAGACAACUGGGCUUCUCCCAGUCUCUCUGGAGGUGAGGCGUUGGCUCCAGUUUUCCCUGAAGAAGUGAGACCAAUUGAACCAAUGUACAAGGCGGGAGCGUUGUCCCAGUUUGAGAAAAGCUUUGAUUAUGGCAACAACGAGAGGGAGACUGAGGAACAAGGCAGGCUCCCUGGUCCUCCACCACUGUUCUUGCAGCAAGAAUAUGUUGGACAAGGCUUCAUCAGCCAACCUAAUCCAGACUCCAACAUCGCUGUAAGCUCUCUCCCUUACCCUUACCCCUACCCCUACCCUUACUACGACUUCAUGUUCCUGACCGGCCAGUAUCCUCCAGGCACAGUCAGUCACGCCAGCAACAGCUACGAGCAUGGGAGCAACUACUAUGAUGACGUUCACUAUGUGAGAGACAAUGUUCCCGAGCAGCCGAUGGAGCCCUUCACUCGUUUUGUAGACCCUCAGAGCUUUAAGGAUCCCUAUCCUGUGAUGGCUGGUUAUAGACAAGGUGGUGGCGCACAGGUUGGUGGACCUGCCUCUUCCCAUGGACGCUUCAGGCAACCAGUUGGCAGCCAAGCUGGUGGCCACAACCUGGGCAAGGGUGGAUACUGAGUGUGGAUCUAUACAAUGUGAACAAAGAUAUCUGAAUUUAAUAAAAAUAUUGUCCAAAACAAA